AUGAAGCAAAGUCAGAUGGAAGACGUAGCUAAUGAAUUGAAGAAAUUUACCACAAAAAUUUGUGAUCGUAUAGAUGAAUGUGAAAAUAAUUGUACCACUGAGUUAGAUUUAUUAAGAAAGGAAAAUAUAAUAUUACAAAAAGAAUAUCUAGAAUUACAGGCCAAGUUUGAUAAUAUUGAACUAGAACUACAUUCUUUACAAAAUAUCAAAAGCCAAUUAUUGGGAUAUAUUAAACUACAAAAUUCUCAAAUGAUAAGAUUUUUUAGUGAUUUUAUACAUCACCAAUUGAAUUCCAAAGAAAGAGAAAUUCUUGGAACUGAUGAUGUUGUGAAAUUUAAAAAAAAUUCAGAAAAGGAUAAAGCAGAAUUGGAAACAUUAAUAGCCACCUUAGAAUUUAUGAAAAAUACUAUUAUAGACAUAGAUGAGAACCAUAAAGGGAAAAGUCCUAUUAGUACAAGAGAAAGGGAUCAUAUAGAAGAAAACUCUCAAAAAAGCGACGAGGAACAAACACCUACAAAAAACAACAAAUCCACUUCAAAAUCAGAAAAUAUUAAAGUAAACGCUGGUGAUUUAGAUGUGCUUACUAACGAAACACCUGAAAAUACUCUUGAUAGUUCUGAUUGCCUUGGAAACAAACAACACCCAAAGUUGGGAAAUAUAAAACUUGAAGAACAAAAAAAGGAGGAGGAGGAAGAAGAAGAGGAAGAAGAGGAAGAAGAAGAAGAAGAAGAAGAAGAAAAAAAAAAAGAAAAAGAAAAAGAUGAUGAUGAUGAUGAUGAUGAGUCUUGCUUAAAUCCGGAGAUGGAAAAUAGAAAAAACAGCACCACGAACACUAGUGUUGAGGAUGCUGGAUCAAACAAUAAUGUAGAUGAUGAAUCUGACAAGGAGCGAGCAGAGGACGAUAUAAGUGAGCGAGAGGUCAGGGAUCAUGGUCGCUUUACCCGAUCACAACAGCACGAAAACAAGAAAAGUGAACAGCACGUACCAAGAACGCGCCGAAAUACCAAUUUGAUAAAUAAUAACAAUAACAAUAUGGAAAAUUUUAAAGCACCAAUACACGAUAUAUUUUUGGAUCAAGAAAUUCUGCCUGAAGAAUUAUCAACUAGUGACCCAGGUGCACAGAUAUAUAACAGGAGAAUAAGAUCUAGCCACAUAAGCGAUAGUUAUAUAUAUAAAACCUUUGGUAUAUUAAUUAAUAAAAAAGAUGUGACUGUGAGAUCUAUUUGGGAGGAGUAUCAUAAAAAACAGGAAAAAGGCUAUUCUAUGUAUGAUUUAGAAACUAAAUAUCAAGCUGCUUGGAGGGGAAGUGGCCAGUUUUCCAGAAUAUUUAAAAGAAGGGCUUGUGUAAUUAAGGCUAUACAGACUGGCAUUAAGAAAAGAGGAAUGUCUGCUGAAGACUGCAUCAACUUAUUAGAAACCAAUUUAAAUAGCCUAAACAGACCUGUUAGUUAUUAUUACUCUCCAUUAAAUAUUCCAAAAGAAUUAAGGUAUUGA